UGAUCUAGUUUCAGCGUCCAAGCGGCCAAGAAUCGCAGCUGCGAAGUCUAUUAUCAACUGGCCCGUAUGAAACCGUAUUACUGCACUCGUGCUGCGUAUGUUGCGGCACUCAUAUCAUGGUACUGCUUAGCUGAUUUCUGCUUGCCUACAACCCGAACCGAUUAGCCAACCCUCUUCUUUAUCGGUAAAGCCUCCGCAAGGUAUACGAUAGAGAAACAAAGCGUCGGAAGUUCGAAAGACCGGAGCAGACUUGUUGUAUGUGCGUGUGUAUCCGUAGUCAAGGCUUCGAGAGCUCACCAGCUGAUCGUCAUAACCACAGGACCGGCGUCGCGUCAUAUCGCGUCGUGUCGUACAUUCCGCCCCAGUGUAUAGUAGUUAGGACCAUUUUAUUGAAAAUAUACCUGCUCAUCCAAUGUAUUUCAAUCAUGUCCCGUUACAACCCCUAUGUAAAGUAAAUACGGAAACAUGCAAAUCAGCGUGUAGUUGUUAGGGCGAAACAGAACCUUGUCCAUGCUUCCCGUAUGUAGAAAUAUUGCAAAAUUGAAUUCGGUAUCAGAGUUCUAUAUACAACGUUAAUGUGAUGUGUGUCCGGAAUCCCCGUAUGUUCGAUGUGCCUUGCAAAAACAACGUGAACACGUCAUCCGCUGUGAGAUUGUGUUGGCAAUAUAUUUAGUGCUUCAAAACAACAAAGAAAAGCUGUGUCAGCUUUUCUAUAUAUUUUUCUACAACGAAUAUCGUUAUGAAAUCGACAAGUAUGUUGGAUUAACAAGAACAAGAUCCAUUUGUAGGAUCAACAGUUCCUUGGCUAGCUUGUUUGUUAUUAUAAUCUGUCUUUGUUGCAGGUUGCGAGAUUGUAGACCUGUGAAAAUUAUCACCAAGCUGGCUCUACUGAUUGUCGUCGCUAUACUUUGUCCAUUUGUAAUACAGCUAUCACGCAAAAGUGUCGUUCAGGCGCCUGGCUCAUAGAUUGAGCUCAUAGACUGAGUAUUAUUGAGCCUGACACUGAUCAACCUGACUCGACCUGGCGGUGCUUGUUCAAGGAACCUUAACUGUCUAGGUAAAUAACCUAAGCUCGAAUUUUUGGGGUAUGAACUGACGAAAUAUCUGCAGCUAGCAAUCACUGUCCGAACAAGCAAACGGGGUAUCGCCUUUUUGAGCAAACCACCGCCCACCCCUCAGGGUUGUCGUGUAGCCAUCACUGCGGAGCCGUUCGGUCGUUUCCGAUGCGCAGAGCCGUAUCGGUAGCGUCUGUUGUCGUACUUGCCGACGACACGACACUCAGCGACUGGGAAGUGAGGCCAAACCGCACCCGACACGUAAUGCUUGUCAGCGCCGUAACAGAUGGGACAGAACGUGAAACAGGGCUCGCAUUUGGAUCGCGUAGCGUAAUCAUAGUCAGUGCUUGAUAUUAUACAGUAGCAAAAUCGGUUUUUUUUUGCGUGGCUGUGCAUAUACUGAGCAUCUGUACGAUUUGGCAACCACACAACAACAGUUUUAGUGGUACAACAGCGACAAGAAGCAGCUACAGCACUGGCAAGAGCUGAGACGAGCGUUAAUGGUAUGGCUACGAAUGGUAGUAGUACUAGAUUUAGAUUCUGGUCUGGUAAGGGACACGCAAACACGUCUUGGUGACACGGUAUCGAUCAAAUACGUUACGGCUAUCGAGCGUAACUCCAACACAACACCAGAAAUCGCCGCAACAGCAGUUGCCAUUGGAAGAAUUGCGAUUGCCGGUUGUUAUUAGUUAGCCGGUAGAAGUGUCGAGGGAAUAGAUUAACUUGAAUGAAGCUAGCGUUGAGAUUAUGGAAUGGGGUGAUCUGUGCGACAGCGUUCUUAGCCGGCAAAACUAAACAGCAAUAUUGACAAACGCCAUGAUGAGAAACGAUAAAUCGCCGUAGAAAGAGAAGACAAGCCAUCACCACAGUUUGACGUGUGCGGAAGUGUGAAAAACCUGAGCUGUGAUGGAGAUACGAAAACGGAAACGACGCCUACCGCUUCAUAAAUCAAUCACCGAGGCGGGUCGCCUUAUAGGUCGUCGGCUGGCCGUCUCAAAACAGCUGUUCCAAGAGUCGGGUCCGCGAUUCCUGGAAAACUUCUGGAAUCGCAGUCACAGCUCGCAAGCUGAAUGUGACGUCGUACUAACGUUACCUUCGUCAACGGAUCGAAUCCUUAUUGAGUGGUUGCUUAACACGUUUCAGAAGCGAUUACCACAGCUUAAAGUUCACCUCACGCACCACCGCUUCUCAAAGUUCAUCAUGCUUAUCUGUACCGCCGAUAUGCCAGAAUUAUUGAAAGGGGCUGAGCAACUUCACAUGCGCAAGAAGGUGAAGCCCGAAUUUGGGGGUGGAUUUAAGGAGUUCUGCUGCGACGACCCAUACGGGAUAUGGGAAGAACAGGACGUUGAUCGUUUCUUAAGCACACAGGAGCGCCAAGAGAUAAUUAUGUUCUAUAUUAACUCCAUGAGAACUGAAGCCAGAGAUACCGUUCGAGGAAAACUUCUAUUGGAAGGCCAGUCGCUCAUUCAACGUCUACGGAAAGAACGCAUUAUUGAUCAAAUUUACCCCCUGCACGAGGAGGAGCCGUUGCGGCAACUGAAAAGAUCCUGGGUAAACCAGUUCUUUUCGAGGCAGCCUCUUGAUGACAUCGCCGCGUACUUUGGAGUGAAGAUCGCUACGUACUUUGGUUGGCUAGGCCACUACACAGUAGCCUUGUUCUUCCCUGCUUUUGUUGGCCUGUGCAUAUGGAUCUGUUGCUACGGGAAAGACCAGAGACGUGAGGAUCUAUGCUUUAUAUUAUUCGCCUUACUAAAUAUCGUGUGGGCAACAUUGUUUUUGGAAUCAUGGAAAAGAACCUCAUCGGAACUGGCCCACCGUUGGGGUACAUUGGAUUCUUCUAGCGAGAUGCUAAACGAACCUCGCCCUCUGUUCAAGGGCACAUUGGAAACGAGUGCUGUAACAGGACGGAUGGAGCCGCGUUACCCAAAAUGGAGGCGAAACCUUUUCCGCUACCUAGUCACCCUACCGGUAAUUUCUGUUUGUCUCGUUGUUGUGCUGGGCGUCAUGCUGCUGAUGCUUCAGCUGCAAACAUGGACCGACAAAAGAUAUAAGGAUGACAGUUUUAAAGGGUGGGCGAUGUCAAUGCUACCGAAAGUCUUAUUUGCUUUGAUCAUUCCACUGAUGGAUUCGGUCUACAAGAAGGUCGCUGUAUGGUUGAAUGAUAAAGAAAACUACCGACUUGAAGAAACUUACGAGAAUCAUCUCAUCAUGAAAAUAUCAGUGUUCCAAUUCGUCAAUUCGUUCUUAUCACUCUUCUACAUCGCCUUCUACUUGCAAGACAUGGACAAGCUUAAAGAUCAAUUGGCUGCACUUCUGAUCACUCGUCAGGUAGUUGGAAACAUUAAAGAAUCUCUUCUGCCGUACGUAAUUGAGACACUCUGUUUGGCAGAGAUGACUGCUGCCAAACGUCGUGCGUCAAUGAUUCCAGCAGCAACGAACACCGACGAAGUGGGAGAGGAAGGCGAAGGCCAAGAAGCCCUCAGUGGUCAGCCCGAAGCGGUCUCGGAAACUGGACCUACUCAGGCUGAGAUGGAGGCCGCUAUGUAUAGGUAUGAAGGAACGUUUGAGGAUUAUCUGGGAAUGUUUAUCCAGUUCGGAUAUGUGGUAUUGUUUUCGUCGGCAUUUCCACUGGCUGCCCUUUGUGCUCUCGUGAAUAAUCUGGUCAAAAUUCGUAGCGACGCAUUCAAGCUAUGCGCCAUAUUCCAGCGACCGUUCGGGGAACCAGCCGAAAACAUUGGCUCUUGGCAGGACGCUAUGGAAGUAAUGGGAAUGAUCGCUGUACUGGUAAACUGUGCCCUGGUCGGACUUAACGGCCCGCUGGGCCGCAUGUGGCCUCACCUCGAUCCUCUCGAAACUCUCGCCUUAGUUGUAUUGGUUGAACAUCUGCUUCUCCUGCUAAAGUCAGCGAUCGCGUUCGCUAUUCCCGAUGUCCCUCAUUGGGUGCAGACCGAAAUGGCUAAGGUUGAGUUUCAACGACGGGAAGCCGCCAGGCACCACACGCAAGGAACGUUCUCUUCCGCGGAAGUGAAACCCGCUCAUACACAAACUGAUCAGGCACCCGUGGAAGACCACGGCGUUCAGACCGAAUCUGUCGACGCUCUCGACGAACAGCUGGUACCUCAACGUUGCACUGAUAACAAACUAACAAGGUCACGGACCGAAAGCGCGUCUGCGUCGCCCCCGCACUGGCGGAAAAGUCUCACUGUCAUUGGCCAAACACUUACGGAACGCCUAUAGUAACGAAAGCAGUUGACAUAAGCGCGGACAAUGUGUGAAUAUCUAUUUCCCAAACGUAUUCACUAUAACAACUAUCGAACUAGUAGUUAUUAUGGCUUGUCCCGUAAGAAGCUCUGUACAAAUAUAAAAAUUGCGCGUAUACAAGACGUGUUGAAUCCCUACUUCUAUUUAUUCCUCUCAUAGACAUCGUUAUAUAUCUGUACUAUGCACUAGCCGCUACAUAGAUUAGCAUCCGACAACGACGACGGAAGAUUUGUUUACGGGCGCGAUAAAACGGCCGCUAAUUUGUAAUCACGCAGGCAAAAUAUGUCGACUUUCUGAUAUCUCUAUUCGAUGAGCUUUCGGAUGGCUUCGGAAUUGGCCGAAUGUUUUUGUCUGUCAGCACAGCGGUGUCGGGCAAACGAAGCAUUUGUUCGAAGACAUUGAUAUUUAGGUGUCUUUUUAGAUCUACCAUCUAGUCGUUACUGACGUCCAAAUAAGAACUCGAGCGCAACACAAAUGAAUAAGUACUGUAUAUUCGAGCGAGUGGUCUGUAAAUACUUAGAAACGAACUGCAUUUCAAUAUAUUUGCGGGAGUCCAAGGGAACCUUGUAUUGGUAUGUGCUAAAUAAUAAGUUUCUAUCCUAAGGGCUUACCGUUGUUU